AUGGAUGCCUUCCGGGCUAUGAACAAUGGCAAGAAAUUCAACUUACCUCAUUGUUGGAUCAAGCUUCACAAGGCUCCUAAAUGGAUUGAUCUAGUUGCUUCUCUCAAAAUCCAAGCCAAGAAUGCUGCUCAAGGGAAGAAAAGAAGCAAUGAUGGGAUACCAAUUGAUCUUGAAGCUGGUGAAAUAAGUGGGGGUUUGGGGAAGCGUUCAGAUCGACCCCGGGGAAAGAAGCUUUCGAAGGAUGACUUGAAGCGUGAGGCCUCCACUAUUGCCUUGCAAGAAUCAUUGAAAGAGAUGAUUUCUGCUAAAGAGGCCUCAAGUGGAAAGAGAGGGGAAAUUCGAGAACUCAAGAAAGAUGAGCACUUCAAAAGCUUCAUGGACACGAUUCAAGAGAAGUACCGUGGAGAUGCAGCUGUUGCCACUGACCUGGCCGCCACUGCCAAGCUGGAUGCAACUUCAAGAGCCAAAGAAGUGGAGCUCAAGAUGUUGAUGGAGGAGAACCGGAUCAUGAGCAUGGAUUUGAGCCCCUUGGAUGAUGUGGCGAGAGCUUGGUACAUCGAGAAGAAGAAAGAGAUCGCGGAUCGACAAACUUGA